AUGUUCAACAACAACAGAAUUGGAGUUGAUAAUGAUUCUGUAACAGUUACUUCGAAUGCAACGCAACCAAAAAAAUUAUGUGAAUAUUUGAAAAGAAAUGUGAUGUGCAUCACAUUUAUUAUUAUUGUACUUGUUAUAAUUAUAACAAUUUCAAUUUUUUUCUGCAAAAUAAAAAAGACCAACAGUGAACAACCAUCAACAGCAGAAGAAAUAACAAUUGAAACAACAGAAAAAACAACAAAUGAAAUAACAGAAAAAAUGGAAAUAACAACAGAAGCAACUACCACAUCAGCUUCAAUAACAACGUUACCAACAACAUCUACAACAACAACAACGUCACUACCAACUUGUACGGAUGGUAUUAAGAAUCAGGAUGAAACCGACGUCGAUUGUGGUGGCUCAACUUGUACAAAACGAUGUUCGCUUGAGCAAGGUUGUUUAUCGAAUACGGACUGCACCACAGACAACUGCGAUACAACAGCAAAGAAAUGUCGAGGGGCUUGGGUCAAAAUUGCAUCCGACAGUGCUAUGCUGGCAUAUUGCACAGGACUUGGAUACGAAUCGUCGGCAACAUUGAGUGAUUGUGAGAGUUAUUGUCUGUCUACAAGUGGCUGUAACGCAGUCGAUUGGCAUGCAGGUAAAUCAGGAUGCACACCCCGUCAAUGUAGCUACUAUCCGCCAAAGUAUGCAAGCCAUAGUGGCUGGGAAGUAUGGGCCAUAACAACAGAAACAUUAACGACAACUAAUUUGGUUUGGAUCAAAGUUGCAUCCGAAGGUCUUAUGGGUGAUGUAAAUUGUGCGGAAGUUGGCUCCGAUGAGUCGGUAAUAUGGAGCUUAUGUGAGAGUGCUUGUCUGGCUCUCAGUAGUUGCAAUGCGAUCGAUUUUAAUUACGGUGGUACACAAUGCACGUACCGUCAUUGUACGACCUAUCCUCCAAAUUAUCGAAGUGCAAGUGGGUGGGACGUAUGGGCGAUAACAACAGGAACAUCAACUACAACAAACACAACUAUCCAUGUAGCCGAAUAA